CACUUUCUUUAGCGGAAGCAAAACAGAAUCCAAUCCAAUCGAAUCAUCUACUUGGUUGCAACUUUGAUUUGAUAGUUGAUAGAUCUGAGGAUCUAAAUCUUGAACUAUUAUUUUUGUGCAUCAACGACAAAGAAAAAUGUCUCAAGUCAAGUCUCCUACCGCUACCGUGAAACAAACGGAAUCAACCCGACGUGACAGUGGAAUUUGUUCUUCUGUCAUGGAAGCCAUUGGAGAGACACCGUUGAUCAGAAUCAACCAGUUGGCCAAGGACCUGGAUUGCGAAGUUCUGGUCAAGGCCGAAUUCUUCAAUGCUGGCGGAUCCGUAAAGGACCGCAUUGGUCGGCGCAUGGUGGAAGAUGCUGAAGCUAAGGGAAUCAUUAAACCUGGCGACACUCUCAUCGAACCAACCUCCGGAAACACGGGCAUCGGACUCGCUAUGGCAGCCGCCACAAAAGGGUACCGAUGCAUCAUUGUGCUGCCCGAAAAGAUGUCCAAAGAAAAGGUUGAUGUCUUGAAAGCUUUGGGAGCAGAAAUCAUGAGAACGCCCACAGAAGCUGCCUAUGAUGCACCCGACAGUCAUAUCAGCGUGGCCAAGAGGUUGCAUGAAGAGAUUCCAAACUCCCACAUCCUCGAUCAGUACUCAAACUUAUCCAAUCCCCUAGCACACUACGAGGGCACGGCAGAAGAGCUAUUGAGACAGACGGGCGGCAAGAUUGAUAUGCUUGUGGCAGGAGCUGGAACCGGAGGAACCAUUUCUGGAAUUGCCAAGCGUCUCAAGGAGCACAAUCCAAACAUACAGGUCAUUGGUGUGGACCCCGUUGGCUCCAUACUGGCAGAGCCCGAAACCUUGAACGACAACAAACGCCUUGAGCCAUAUUUGGUGGAAGGGAUUGGGUACGAUUUCAUACCCAAUGUUUGUGAUCGCAGCUUGGUUGACGAAUGGAUGAAAAGCAAUGAUAAAGAUUCACUGGUUCAAAUGCGGGCCCUAAUUCGGCAUGAAGGACUGUUGUGCGGUGGAAGCAGCGGAGCUGCUGUUAGCUGUGCCCUGAAGGCUGCCAAGCGACUCAAAAAGGGACAGCGAUGCGUCGUCAUUCUUCCAGACAGUGUUCGCAACUACAUGAGCAAAGCUCUGUCAGAUGACUGGAUGAUUGAUCAUGGGUUUGUGGACAACAAGAUUAUCCAAACUAAGCAGUACAGCGCAUGGUGGUCAACAAAGAGACUCUGCGACGUCCCAAGUGUGACAAACAACACACCGCUCACAAUAACUUCGGAUGUGUCGUGUUGCGAUGCAAUUGCGGUCCUUAAAGAAGGGGGCUACGACAUGGUACCUGUGAUUGAGGACAACGAGAUUCUAGGAGUUGUGACGGAGGGAAACAUUACAAACAGACUGCUCAGUGGAAGAUUAUCGUCUCCAGAUACUACGUCUGUGAAAGAAGCAGGUAUCAUCUUUAAGAGCUUUCACGAGUUCAAUAUGCAAGACCAGCUUGCUACGGUUGCACAGGUUCUUGAUCAUUGUCCAUUUGCACUCGUGACGCAAGAACAACGGGUUGUCCAUGCUGCACGGGAAGGAGAGCAUAGAGUCGACGGACCAAACAAACGCAGAAAGUUAUCAGAUGAGAUUUCUCCUGCUGAAUCUCAGGAUGAAAGCACCGUUACAACUGCUGAAUCUCCUACCAAUCCCAGUUCUGUUGGUGGUUCCAAAGCAAAGUUGUCGGCUUCCUGCUCGCAUCAUGUUGUCAAACGCAAAGUAGUCUCUGCAAUUGUAACCCGCAUUGACUUGCUGGAGUACAUCGCGGCUGGAGAGAUUCCUGUACAAGGUCGUGCACACCAAAACUAA